UUUAUUUAAUUUGUGUUUGAUGUCUUGCCUUCUGUUUGGUUUCCGGGAAACGAGGGUAGAAAAUAAACGAGGACAGUAAAAUUUCUGGGAAAAGAAUGGAAAUUGGUUCGGGAAAUGUUGUUUUGCUGCCCCGUCAUGUUAAACGUUUAGCUAUGUCGUUUUGGAAUUACCUUUUCUUGCUUCCGGAAGCUAGAAAUGUACUUCCAUAAGGCCACAAUCCAUCUAGAAAGAAAUGCGUAUUAGCAUUUUUAAGUAAUUCAUUUGAUGGGUGCGUGUUCAAGUGUUUCUGUAGAGAAGAAAAUGCCGCUUUAACAAUGAUGAUUCAUUUUUCAAAAAUUACUUCAAAUUCUUAUAAUCUUCCGCACAAGAGAUUGAAAGGUUUUCUGAAGAUACGAGAAACUAGGUUUGUAUGCCAAAGAUUGGGGCACAAAGUUUGGAUCUUGGCCGAGUCUCGGCUAGAUUUUUGGUUGCUAUUUCUCCUAUUUGGUCAAAGACACUACGAGUGCAGAGACUUCUGCAUUUAUACGGAAGAGCUUAUUUUAUUUGGGCUUGAUAUAUUAUGCUUGAGGAUUAAAAGAAGGAAAUUUUUGGAUAUGCUUCAAAACCCCCGCGUUUAGAACAUUAAUGAAUCAUCGGAAAGGCUUCAGCUUUAGAUGUUAAUAAGGGAUUGAAUAUGUAUUAAGCAGAGUCUGACUAGUGUAUGGAUCCCUGGUGGUGCUUUCCACUUGGUCAUUUACCUGUCAAAUUCUUUGACUCAUCUUUGAUGUUCCCUGGAAAAAAAUCUUUCUUCUUUCAUUGUUCUUUUGAGUUAUUCCCAUCUGUAACUUAUCCUUGAUGGAUGCUUCUUCUUGCAAUUAACUUCAUAGCUGUAAUAACAUACCACAUUUUACCUGACAGUAGGAUUUUCGGGUUGCUUAUUGCCUUAAAGUUUUGUGCAAAAGAGUGAUGUCAACACCCUGAUAGUGAAAUGGCGAAAUCACAAGGCAUCACAGUUUCUCCUCCUGCACAGCAGCAAGGAAGCAAAAAUGUUCAGACUGGACGUCCCCAGAAUAUACUCACCUUAAGCUUGACUAAAGGAAAUACAACCUAUGAUGAAUUUAAACAUGGAUUCCCAUCUGAUGGUUUAUCCACUGCAUCCAAUAAAUGGUGGGGAAGCAAUGGCCCUGAUGGUUAUGAGAGCGUCCGUGGAGAAGGAGCUGAGACUGAUGAAGACAAGAAACAUCAGUCGGAAAAAUUGGCAGAUGAUGGUGCAAGUUCAACUGUAGUGGACAAAGAGAAAUGUGAAAGUGGGAAAGAAGAGAACAUUAGUACCCAAGGAACAGAUUUACUGAUGGCUGUGAGAAAAGGAAGUCUGGAAGAAGGGCAAAAAGCACUUAAGCUUGGUGUUUUCCGGGGUUAUGGUGCAAAGAAGCUAGGCAGAAGGGAGAGGGCAUUGCUUCUCCGAAUAUUCAAAUCUUCAACACCAAAGCAAUGGAUUCAUGAAUUCUCUUAAAUCGGAGUUGGACUGCUCUGGACAUUAUAGAUUAUGUAUAAUUCAUGUUAGGUUACACAGUUUUUUCUUUCGACAUGAUUGACAGCUAUAUUGAAUUCUCAAUCUGAAUGGCAUUUUCUUUUUUUAUUUGGCCUCA